UUUUGAGUUGCUAAUUCAAUUUUAGUUUAACAAAAACCGUCGGUCGAUACAGACACGAUAAUCGAACUCAAGUACCAACCACUUUCAGAAAUUUAUUUGUGUGGCUGAAGCGGUGUUGGUGACCAACUCAUUUUAAGAUCGAGUUUCUAAUUUAAUACACUUCUUUAUUGUUCGUUCCCAAUUCAAACCAAUAUUAUAUUUUUUCGUUCUUGAUUUCAUCGACGUUAAGAAGUGUUCGACCACAUAAUAAACCCCAAAAAAUCGCAUAAAUCGAAAUCAAUUUAAAACAGAACGUUAAUUUAUUUCUAGAAGGUCAACAAGUGAAAGUAUUUUUUGUAAAAACAACGGCAUCGAUAUUAUCUAAUUAACAUUUUUAAUUUUAUUGGCCAUUAAGAAGCUCAAUUGACGGAAUUGUGAUAGUUGAGGUAGGUUAGUGCUUGUGUGAACGAGUGAGUCUUGAGACGAAGCAGUUGAAUCUUGUGCAACGACAUUCAAAAUGGAUGAGAAACCAACGAAGCAUCAAUUUGUGCAUAUACCACCUGUGGAAGAGACCGAAGACAAUAAUCGGUUUAAUGAGAACGGCAGUGAAAAUGAUGCGGACGAAACGGUACCACCACUGGGACUAACCGGCAAAGCAGUAUGCAUGCAACUGUCAAUGAGUUUGUUAGCAAAUUUCUCAAUUUUAUCAUCGGGCAUGGCUCUAGGCUUUCCGGCAAUAACAUAUGAAAGUUUGACGAGAGAAUCGGAUCCGAUGUCCUUGACGAGCGAUCAGGCAUCAUGGUUUGCUUCCAUUAAUGCUUUUUCAUGUCCGAUUGGUGGUUUGCUGUGUUCUUUCGUAUUGGAUAAGUAUGGUCGUAAGAAAACACUAUACACGAUAAACCUGUUGUCGGUAAUUUCGUGGUUGAUAAUGGCCAUGGCAAGCAGUGUCGAUAAAGAAUUGAUGUUCAUUCAACUGUUGGUGGCACGUUUUAUAAUUGGCAUUUGUAUUGGUUUAUCGAGUUCACCUUCGGCCGUCUAUUCAGCCGAAAUUGCACAUCCAUCGCUAAGAGGUCGAAUUUCGGUUAUUACGUCAUUGGCCAUUGGAUUGGGCAUUCUACUCAUUUACAUCUUGGGAUAUUUUAUACCGACGAAUUGGCGUUUGGUGAGUGGUAUAAGCUGUGCCAUUUGUGUGGUCGCAUUAGCGCUUCUGAUACCCAUUCCAGAAACACCCACGUGGUUGGCAAGUAAGGGUCGGACGGCUAAGGCUGAAAAAAGUUUGCGCAUAUUCAAAGGGUUACCACGAAAAGGUAGUUUUAUCAAUCCUGAAUUGCAAGAUGAAAUCGAUAUGUUGGUAAUGCACAGUGAAAGUCGACAUGCAAUGAAAAAUGAACGUUUGAUGACAAAUUUAUUGAAACCGGAAGUAUACCGGCCCACAUUGAUAAUUAUUGGAUUUUUUGCAUUCCAACAAUUGUCCGGUAUUUUUGUGGUUGUUGUGUAUGCGGCAAAAUUCACCACCGAAGUUGGCAUAAACAUGGAUCCAUUUUUGUGUGUUGUAUUUAUUGGUGUGGUUCGUGUUGUGGCCGGUAUCAUAAUUGGUUUGUCGUUAGACUAUUUAGGUCGUCGACCGCCAACAAUUUACUCAUCCAUUUUGAUGGCAGUAUGCAUGUAUGGUUUGGUUAUUAACAAACAAUUUGAAUUGGUCGAACGAUACGAAUGGAUUCCAGCGGUGCUACCAACAAUUUUAAUACUUACAUAUAUAUUUACCUCAACAUUGGGUCUACUCACGAUUCCAUUUGUGAUGAACGCAGAGAUUUUUCCACAAAAAUAUCGCGGUUUUUGUACGGGAAUUACGAUAGCCGCCACCUAUUCAAUUUGCUUUGUUUGCGUUAAACUCUAUCCGACGAUGAUUACAGCAUGGGGCAGCUCAAAUGUUUGUCUAUUUUAUGGUACCUGUUCAUUGAUUAGCAUUUUCUAUGUAAUAUUUAUUGUACCAGAAACAAAAGGCAAAACAUUGGCCGAAAUUGAAAAUAUGUUCAAAUCCCACUAUGCUGGCAACAUUCAAAAAGUCGGAUCAUUGGCUUAGAGUGAAUGCAAAAACAAUUUUGAAAUAAGAAAUUUCAAUUGAAAUGCACAAACCAAAACUAAUUUGAGACAAAAAAAAAA